AUGAACUAUUUAAGAGCGACUCGAAUUAAUUUGGUAUCAGGGUUGUUAAUAAGGAAGGGAAAUUAUCACAAUAGAGUUAUGGCACAGCAACAAUCAAUAGCACGUUUCUUUGGCGGCACUGCUUCUUUAGAUGCGGCCAGAAAGAAAAAGACAAAGACUCCACCAUCUCCACAGAAGGAGGUCGCUGCAUCACCAAAAAAUUCAAAGAGGCCUGAUCUAAUAACACCUCCUGAUUUAUCACCCCAGUUGAAGAAACCGAAAUUGAAUGCCAAGGAGGAGGAGAAGGAGAAGGAUGAACAAGAGGAUGUGCAUGACGAUGAAACUGCUCCUGAAGAAAGCAAGAGUGGCUCUACUUCCGAUUCAGAACUGUACAGCAAGCACGCUUCCGAGUCAGAAGCUCAGAAAUUGAUUGAGUUGAGCGAAUCUCAACAGAAGCAAACCAAAAAAGAGGGGUCGUCGUUGUUGUCAGCACUGAAAAUCCCCUAUUCGUCAUUAACUGACAUUAUGGAAAAAAUUGAAGCAGAGUCGUCGCGAUUGAAAAUUACCGCAAUCAUAUCACAAUACUUUCUUGAUAUUCUUCAGCAACAAAAUGAUGUUUCAAAAUUGGUUAAAAUUGUUUAUUUAUUUAUUAAUAGGUUGGGUCCUGAUUACGAGCCUGAUUUAGAGUUGGGUUUGGGCGAGACGUUAUUAGUCAAGGCGAUAAGUGAGGGAUACGGACGUACACCAGCCAAGAUCAAGCAAGAUUUAAAAGAGUAUGGUGAUUUAGGAAUUGUUGCUCAAAAGUCACGUAGUGGACAACGAACAAUGUUUAAACCCACAAGUUUGGAUGUCGAUACUGUCUUCGACAACUUGACCAAGAUUGCCAAGUCUACAGGAAAGGACUCACAAUCGAAAAAGAUUGGAAUCAUCAAUAAAAUGUUGACCGCUUGUGAUGUCAAACAUAAUGAAGCUAAAUUCCUAAUACGGUCAUUGGAAAACAAAUUGAGAAUUGGAUUAGCUGGUCCAACUAUUUUAGUCGGGUUGGCACAAGCAUUUGUCAAUUAUGAAAACUUGAAGUUGGAUAAACCUAAAAAAGUAAGUCCUGAAAAAUUGGCCGAGGCUGAAGACAUUGUUCGUGAAGCGUAUACAAGGAUCCCCAACUAUCAAAUCUUGAUUGAAAAUGCUUUCAAAUAUGGUGUGUUCAAUUUAUUAGACCACUGUAAGUUGACUCCCGGUAUUCCAUUGAAACCAAUGUUGGCCAAACCAACCAAAUCAAUGAGCGAAGUGUUGGACCGUUUCCAAGACGAAAAGUUUACUUGUGAAUACAAAUACGAUGGCGAACGAGCUCAGAUUCAUCUUUUGCCUAAUGGCGAUGUGCGGAUCUACUCGAGAAACUCGGAAGAUAUGUCACAAAGAUAUCCUGAUUUAAUUUCAAUUAUUAAAGAGUUUAGCAAGACGCAGGAACAUACUUCGAUGAUUUUAGAUUGUGAAGCGGUGGCAUGGGAUAGAGUGCAGAAGAAGAUUUUACCAUUUCAAGUGCUUUCCACGAGAAAGAGAAAAGACGUUAAUGAGCUGGACAUCACGGUACAUAUUUGUCUUUUUGCAUUUGAUUUACUUUACUAUAACAAUGAAUCAUUAUUGACGUGUUCCUUGCUGGAGAGAAGAUCGAUCAUGUUUAGUCACCUUCAGCCAUUGGAAGGCAAAUUCCAAUUUGCCACGUCGAAAGAUUCAACAUCAUUGGAAAUACUUCAACAAUUUCUUGAUCAGAGUGUGCAUGAUUCAUGUGAGGGCCUCAUGGUGAAAAUGCUCGAGGGUUCCGAAUCGUACUAUGAACCAUCCAAAAGAUCACGCAAUUGGUUGAAGUUGAAAAAAGACUAUUUGGCAGGUGUUGGUGAUUCGUUGGAUCUUGUGGUGGUUGGUGCAUACAACGGUAAGGGGAAAAGAACGGGAACAUAUGGUGGGUUCUUACUAGCUUCAUAUAAUCAAGACACGGGGGACUUGGAAACGACAUGUAAGAUAGGUACUGGGUUCAACGAUGAGAUGUUGACACAAUUGUAUGAGAAAUUGCAUCCACUGGAAAUUACCAAACCUAAAGAGUAUUAUGUUUAUGAUAAAACCAACUCAAAUGCCGCGCCUGACGUUUGGUUUGAACCGACAAUGUUGUUUGAAGUGUUGACAGCCGAUUUAUCCUUGAGCCCAAUCUAUAAAGCAGCACAUAGUGAAUACGGAAAGGGAAUUAGUUUGAGGUUCCCUCGAUUUUUACGCAUUAGAGACGAUAAAGGGAUCGAAGAUGCUACUAGUUCGACUGAAGUUGCUGAAUUUUACGAACGUCAAGCACAUAUACAAAAUAGUUAA